AUGUACACGGAGAACCUGACGUGGACACCCAAACCAUCUUCCGCUACCAAUCCCCUCAACCUGCAAACAUAUCAAUCACCUAAGCAGCACUCACCAACUGCAACACUACCACUGCCGCUCCCAGUCCCCUCAACCUGCAAGCAUAUCAAUCACCUAGCAACGCACUCACCUACUACGACACGCACCACUGCCGCUCCCAGUCCCCUCAACCUGCAAACAUAUCAAUCACCUAAGCAGCACUCACCAACUGCAACACUACCACUGCCGCUCCCAGUCCCCUCAACCUGCAGACAUAUCAAUCACUCAAGCAGCACUCACCAACUGCAACACGUACCACUGCCGCUCCCAGUCCCCUCAACCUGCAAGCAUAUCAAUCACCUAGCAACGCACUCACCUACUACGACACGCACCACUGCCGCUCCCAGUCCCCUCAACCUGCUAACAUAUCAAUCACUUAGUCAACGCACUCACCAACUGCAACACUACCACUGCCGCUCCCAGUCCCCUCAACCUGCAAACAUAUCACUCACUCAAGCAGCACUCACCAACUGCAACACUACCACUGCCGCUCCCACUCCCCUCAACCUGCAAGCAUAUCAGUCACUCAAGCAGCACUCACCAACUGCAACACUACCACUGCCGCUCCCACUCCCCUCAUCAACACUCACCCUCACCGCUGUAUCCCCCCAGCCCAGGCCACCGACACCCACGCUGCCCGGGAUACCACAGCUGCGCCUGACGCGACGCAUGUUAUCGGCACCAACUGUCACUCUAAAUUACUCACUAUUCGCAACGCCAUUAAAAUUGCAGCGAACCCCGUGCGCUCAACUCCCACAGUGCAGCAGCACCGUGCUACGAGCCGCGGUAUCGGCGCCAUACUGGCGGAGCGUGUCGGCUACGUGCCUAAAUGUGAUAUUAACAAUCGCUACAUCGCUGCCAAUAUAUGCUACUUAA